UUGUUUGUUAAUCUGCGCUGAACUCGUGUAGUUGAGAGUGAAGAUUAAGCCGAGGAUUUGAGAUCAUGUCUGGACGAGGAAAGACCGGCGGUAAAGCCCGUGCUAAAGCCAAGUCUCGCAGCUCCAGAGCCGGGCUGCAGUUCCCUGUCGGGCGUGUCCACAGGCUGCUGAGGAAAGGGAAUUACUCCGAGCGCGUCGGCGCUGGAGCCCCGGUCUAUCUGGCCGCUGUGCUCGAAUACCUGACCGCCGAAAUCCUGGAGCUGGCUGGCAACGCCGCCCGGGACAACAAGAAAACCAGGAUCAUCCCCCGUCACCUGCAGCUCGCUGUCCGCAACGACGAGGAGCUCAACAAGCUGCUAGGAGGAGUCACCAUCGCUCAGGGAGGAGUGCUGCCCAACAUCCAGGCCGUGCUGCUGCCCAAGAAGACCGGCCAAGCUGUGGCCAGCACCGGUAAGGCGGGCAAGAAGGGCUCCCAGUCCCAGGAGUACUAAGGGAGCGGCGAGGAAGAGACCGGCGGAACAUCGCUGCAUUAAAACUGCAACAAGCAAAGCGAACCCAAAGGCCCUUAUAAGGGCCACCCACAUGAUCAGUGAAAAGAGAUGUCCAUUUUACCCUUCAGUGUUGUAGGUUCGUGUUGAAUUGCACACGCUGAGAUCUGCCAUGCAUAAAAUGGCCGGUCUUAAACGGACUGCGACUGCAUUUACGUACGUGUUUACGAGCAAGAUGUUUCAUCACGUAGUGAACAAAAGCACCCUCUGGUCUAGGUAUAAUCCUAAUGUGACUUGAUUUUUUUAUAUUAAAUAGUUUAAACUCC